AUGAAAAAUGUAUUGUUACAAUGCUGCACAGUUAUUCCUAAUUUUAUUACGAAAGAUGAAGAAAUAUCACUUUUGGAUGAAAUUAAUCCACAUAUGAAACGAAUGCGUUAUGAGAAAUCACAUUGGGAUGAUGCUAUUCACUUGUACCGUGAACGAGAACAGCUAAAGUGGCGAAAAGAAAAUGAAGCUAUUCUUGAUCGAAUUCGAAAACACUCAUUCAAAAAAGAAGAUAAACAACAUUUAUUUGUACAUAUCCUUGAUUUACACGAAGAUGGUGUUAUUAAACCGCACAUUGAUAGUGUCAGGUAUUGUGGUGAUGUUAUCACCGGCCUUUCCUUGCUAUCAGAUGCUGUAAUGCGUUUACGACAUAAAGAUCGAAAAGAUGAACUCAUUGUUGAUUUAUUCUUGCAACAGCGAUGCCUUUAUAGAAUGGCGGAAUUUAGUCGUUAUGAAUUUUAUCAUGAAGUGCUUGGAAAAGCGGAAUCAUAUUUCAUGGAGAAGGCGAUUCCACGGAGUCGUCGCAUAUCAAUAGUAUGCCGUGAUUUGCCACGUAAUGUACAAGAAAAUGAAUCACACACUGCCAGCAAUAUUGUAGGAAAAAGAGAAUUACUGCAACGAAGUGAUACUGAACGAAUUUAG